AGAUAAGACUGGCAUGCUCCGUAAACAAAAUUCGAGCUCCUUGAGCAUCUUCUUGCUAGUUCUGCUGCUUCUUAUUUCAGUGUCUAUUUUUAUCACGUCCAAUCAAAUCAAUCGUAAAUUGGAACAAUGCUCUUUGCCGAGCUUCACACGACAAGCUCGAGUGCUUAACCCAGCAGCUCUUUACACUUCCCAUUCUGCAAAAGAGGUCCGCAAAUCUUCUUUUAAAUCUGCGGAUCAGGCCCGGAAGCUACUGAUUGCUGCAGCAAAGUUAAAUGACAACAAGGACUUUUACGCGAAGGUGAAGACGGAAGCUCAUUGUGAGAAUAUGGAAAGAAUUGGAGAGUCAGGAGACGGGGGAAAGUAUGUUUGCAAUCCAAAAAUGGUUCGAAAUGGGUGCACGUUGAUGUCAUUGGGACUUAACAAUCAAAUAGAAUACGAUGAACACAUCCACAAAGCUACAGGGAAGCAAUGCAUCAUACUUGGAGCAGAUAUUGGAGAACAAAACGAAAAGACGAAAGAGUCAUACAAGAAUAUCAAUGGCCAAUUGUUCGUAGGAAAAAUCCCGGACAAUCUGCCCAUCUCAUCGAUGCUCGAGAAGUCUGGUAGAAGUGAGAUUGAGCUGUUGAAAAUGGAUAUUGAAAAUGGAGAGUUCACUGCUUUGGAGCCACUGAUCAAGGACUAUUUUGUUUGUCAGAUCUUCAUUGAAAUUCAUGGAACCCCGUUGAAUCACUUUGAACUGCUCCAAACCAUGGCAAAAUACGGCUUCCGUAUCUUCAACGUGGACCCUAACCCAUAUUGCGAGGCAUGCUGUGAGUACAGUCUCAUCAACGACUUUUGUAUGGCACAGUUUGAAGUUACUCCGUUGGCCAGCAUCAUUCCACCAGUAACUGUAUGA